AUAAUGUCAAAACCCUCAUUUUAUAUGAAGUACUAAAGACACUCGUUAUUAAAUAACAGAAAACUGAAAUUCAAACGUUCAAAAUAGUCUCUCUUAUUCCUUCUAUAAAAGAAAAAACCACUACGCAGCUCCUCUUUCCGAUUCACGCGCCGCCGUUCACCACCACCACCACAAUAUGGGCGGUGUGACGUCAUCCAUCGCUGCAAAAUUCGCAUUUUUCCCACCGAAUCCUCCGUCGUAUUCGGUUGUUUCCGACGAGUCGUGCAGCGGUAAGUUAUGCAUACCGGAGGUACCGAGGAGGGAAAAUGUUGAUGUUUUGAAGCUGCGUACUCAAAGGGGAAAUGAAAUUGUUGCAUUAUACGUGAAGCACCCGAAGGCGUCGGCUUCUAUGGUUUAUUCUCAUGGAAAUGCUGCUGAUUUGGGGCAAAUGUUUGAAUUUUUUGUUGAGUUGAGCCUCCGUCUUCGGGUUAAUCUUAUGGGGUAUGAUUACUCUGGAUAUGGACAAUCGGCUGGAAAGGGUCUAUUGGAAGCAGCCUCCCUAUCCCACAAAGGCCUGUGUACAUCCUAUCCUCCCUUGACUCCACUUGUGGGAUUACACUGGCCAUCUGAGUGUAAUACGUACGCGGACAUUGAUGCAGUAUAUAAAUGCGUAAAGGAGCAGUACGGGGUCAAAGAUGAACAGCUGAUACUGUAUGGUCAAUCUGUUGGCAGUGGUCCAACAGUUGAUCUUGCGUCACGCACACCCAAUUUAAGAGCUGUUGUUUUACAUGGUCCAAUAUUGUCUGGUCUAAGAGUGUUAUACCCUGUCAAACGCACACAUUGGUUUGACAUUUACAAGAAUGUCGAUAAAAUUAAUAUGGUGAAUUGUCCUGUUCUAGUCAUCCAUGGAACAGCAGAUGAAGUUGUUGAUUGCUCCCACGGAAAACAGCUCUAUGAGCUAUGCAAGGAGAAGUAUGAACCAUUGUGGGUAAAUGGAGGGGGGCAUUGCAAUCUUGAAUCUUACCCAGUGUACAUCAAACAUCUAAAGAAAUUUGUUCUUGGUCUUGGCAAAUCAAAGCCUGCUACAAAUGGUUCUCGUAAAACGCCUUUAGUCUCUGACACCCAGAAACCUGCUGAAAGUGGCGCCUCAAACACACUCAAUCUACCUUUUGACCUUCCAGAAAUUCCCAGAAAUAGUUUGGAUAGUCAACUUGAUAAGAUGAAGUCAAACAAACCUGAGAAGUCUCGGAUGAGCAAAGAUUGUGUUGAAAGGUUUAGGAGACGAAAGAUAUCUGUGUGGUAAUAGUUUUUGUAGAGGGAUAAUCCUGUUAAUAAUCUAUAAAAUAUUGGAUUGAGAUGAGCUUAAAUGCAGCAACAUGGAUAGUGAGGACUUGUAUAGCCGACUCAACUUGUUGGAAUUGAGGCGUUGUUCUUGUUGACAGCACAAUGCUAGAAGGAAUGCGAUGGUCUAUCGGGUGAGCUUCAACACCAAAUACUAUGUUGAGUGUGAUUGUAGGUGUAAAUAAUUGCAUCAUUUAGAGGUGUAGUUGGAUUUCUCCAUCCAUUUUUGCCCUGUAUAUAAUUUCAAUUGUUCAACCGUCAUUUUGAUGUAGAAAUCUUCUAAUUUUUGGCUGUGAUGGCUCUAACAAAAGUACAUUGGCAAGAGACACAAAAUAUUCAACUAUUGUGGUAUAAGCUCUUAAAUUCGUAUUUCUCUUUUAACUAUAGGCUAUAAUAACAAUAUCCAUGUCUAACA